CAUGAUUGGGAGAGGAUUGGAACACCUGAAUCACAUGAUUUGGAGGGGAUUAGAACACCUGAAUCACAUGAUUUGAGGGGGAUUGGAACACCUGAAUCACAUGAUUUGGAGGGGAUUGGAACACCCGAAUCACAUGAUAUGGAGGGGAUUGGAACACCCAAAUCACAUGAUUUGGAGGGGAUUGGAACACCCAAAUCACAUGAUUUGGAGGGGAUUGGAACACCCGAAUCACAUGAUUUGGAGGGGAUUGGAACACCCGAAUCACAUGAUAUGGAGGGGAUUGGAACACCUGAAUCACAUGAUUUGGAGGGGAUUGGAACACCUGAAUCACAUGAUUUGAGGGGGAUUGGAACACCCGAAUCACAUGAUUUGGAGGGGAUUGGAACACCCGAAUCACAUGAUUUGGAGGGGAUUGGAACACCCAAAUCACAUGAUUUGGAGGGGAUUGGAACACCCAAAUCACAUGAUUUGGAGGGGAUUGGAACACCCAAAUCACAUGAUUUGGAGGGGAUUGGAACACCCAAAUCACAUGAUUUGGAGGGGAUUGGAACGCCUGAAUCACAUGAU